AGUGUGACAUCUACGCGAAUCACACAUUCGCAUAUAUACACACGAUCACACAUACACAUAUAUAUAGAAACAUAUCUCUCAUUAUCAGUUUGUCUUUUGAGAAUCCAGAAAUACUAGAUAUUUCGAAAGAUGGAGUUCAAGUUCAACGUCAAUAAACUUCUACCAAGGAAGAUCAACAAGGUUACUCAUAUUCUCAUACCGGAAGAUUUUAAAGGAGAUCGUCGUGAAUUAAACGAAUGUCAACGACAAUUAAGUAAAAUUUUGGAUGACAUGGGAGAGGCUUCUGCGAAAGCUCAAGGAUUGAGUAAAUCAAUAACCAGUGCUGUUAAACUUCGUGACACUGAUCAUAUUGUUUAUCUUCUUGUAGACAGCGAAGCGAACAACAACUUGGGAAGCGUAGUAGGCUUGCUGAAAACUGGAUCAAAGAAUCUGUUCAUGUUCGACGAAACGGGAGCGAAUUAUCAAUUGAGACCACGGUGUAUCUUGGAUUUUUAUAUUCAUGAAUCUCGACAACGUAUGGGACUUGGAAAUAUUCUUUAUCAGUACAUGUUGUCCGAAGAAAAUAUUAGGCCGGUGAAAUUAGCGAUCGACCGACCUUCCGAGAAAUUUCUUGCCUUUCUACAAAAACAUUAUGGACUGUCGAAAAUCAUUCCGCAGAAUAACAAAUUCGUUGUGUUCCAUGGAUUUUUUGAUGACGAAAUUCAAGAUGUCAGAGCUAACAGAUAUAGUUUACCACCAAGACAUUCUUUUGAUAUUGGAACACCACCGAAUAAUAAUGCAGCAAAAAGUAAUAGUACAAAUGGUAUACCGUAUGUUUCUACAGUUACUCGUAGUUCUUACGGUAGAUACGCUGCUGGACGACCGCCUUGUUCAAUGGCAAACAUAAUCCAUAAUACUGCGAUGCUUGGUCAAUCAGUUGAACGUACAGGCGAGGACGUUAUCUCUUCUUCUAUUACAUCAAAACUGGAACGACCUCGAUCUUUAAGCUUGUAUUCGGAGGAAGAUCAAAAGCAACAUACAAAUGAAUUACCAAUUAUAUCAACAACAGUUGUUCCUAAUAAUGAAGCAACAUCAUUCGCUCCUGUUAUAAUAGAAACUGAAAAAACUGUUAAAGCAUCGCCUUCGUGCAGUCAAGAAGUCACUGGAAACAAUCAGCAUGGUCAUCUCGAUCUUAAAUUUUACCAUUCACCAUUAUGGUAAAAAAAAGAACGUUUAUAAAUGACAUUAUCACGAACGAAAUAGAAAUAAAUUUGAUGCUACAGUAA